AUGGCUUACGAUGGCUACCAGAACAACACAGGCCCAUACUCUCAACCGGGCAAUACUAAUCCAAUAGACCCAAACGAAUAUCGCCCGAUAUCCUACACUCCUCCUUAUCCAUCUCAGUAUGGAACCGAUCGGCUCAAUAUGCCUCAGCCGUCAAUGCGUCCCUCGUCGUCAUCCCCGUCAAAUCAGUAUCCUGUCCUCCCGCCACAGCCUUAUUCAGGAAGGAUUAACGACGCUGUUAAUUCGGCAUGUCACCAGGCUGACAACACCAACUACCUGCCACCGGAGGUUGUGUCACAAAUAACGGCAAAUGUUAUCCAACAGCUUAAAGAGACUGGGUUGAAUAACUUGCAAGGCGAUCAACAGUCACCGUACCCCCCGCCUCGGCCGUCAAAGCCAUGGAGUUCCGCCGCACCGAGCUCCGCAUCAAAUGAAGCUCCGUCGUCUCCGUCUAUGGGCAUGCGGAAUUCGUCUCCAGUGCCCAUCCCCAAUGCUUACAGAGACACUAGUUAUCCGCCACACCCACCGUCCACAGGGUACACUGACAGUCCUCGUUUUACUCACAGGCCCUCUCCGGCUCCACCACCAGAGAGGCGAGACUCGCCAGUGAGUCAGGCAAGUGAUUAUAGCCAGAAUAUGGAACCUCGGCCCAAGCCACCAUCGAGGGAUGCGGAUGUCACGGUCACUGAGCUCACCACUCUGGAGAAAAUAUGGGGGAAGCUUUUUGAGAAUGGAAAGCCUACCGAUAGGCUGGGCCAGUUUUUGCGCGGGAUUGCUGUUCACUUGAUUGAGGACUACCCUCCGGGAAACACGCUUGUGAUAGUGCCAGAAAAAAUGCAGAAGUUUUAUGAGGAUACCAAAGUACCAUCGGACCCUUACCCUUGGCAAGAUAUCUUUGACGACCAUACAUCCUCAAUAUCAAGAUUGUUCCGAGAAGUGGAGGCGGAGCAUCAUCUUGUGCAGAAAAAACUGAACGAAAGACCUGAUAUCCCAGGUUUGACACCUCGCGGGUUUGAGCGGUGGGCUACGUUGAUGAUUCAGGCCCACCCUGAAAAGGAGUAUGAGCGGUUGCAAAAGGCUGUAUUAAAUAUGCCCAUCAGUAAUCCAGACAACAAGAAGGAAAGGUUCCCUAAGGAGAUACCACGACGGCUCUUCCCGGAAACUCCAAUCCUCCCACUGAGAGAAGAACUUGAUCAAUCCAUUAUGAAACACUGCGGCGUCGAGUUGCCCCCGGUUACAGAUGAGGAAAUAAAGAAUAUAACAUCCCAUCGCCACAAAGCUUCUACUAGCUCGGUCGUAUCAGGACCUGAUUCUGUUCCCUUCAAUGAGCGAGAUCGCAGACGUUACCAUGCGUCUGUCUCAGCUGUCGUGGAUGAUGAUGAGGAAGAAACAGAAACUCUGCCACGCCCCAUUGAGCGGCAACGGAAGCCCUACACUGCGCAACCCGGAGGAGGAAAAACAUACGAUGGGCCAGGGACCCCUGUACAUCGACAUACACACUCGUUCUCUGCGGGCUCUCUACCAAAGGAAGGGCUAUCCCCAGCCGGGCAUAGAAACUCAGAUAUCUAUGACCAGGGCUCACUAUAUUCCCGUAGCGGGGGCGCACACCAUCCCUUGCCUGGGCGAUCUCGAAGUCCGUCUCGGGGAGUCGGUGCCGGAACCGAUUACCGGCAUUCCGAGAGCGACCUGCUACAAAGUAAUGGCAGCAAGUUUUCGGGAAUGACUCAAGGGGGAGAUUAUUAUUAUAGUCCCGGCUCGUCUACCCUUCCAGGGGAUAUUAUCGAAGAUAGCCGACGACGCCGGGACUUUGAUCGUGAUAGUGAGGAUCAGAGGUUGUAUGAAUCUCUGCGUGAACGCGAGAAAGAGCGCGAGAAGAGCAAAUACAACGACCAACUCCCUUCCCGUGCUAGCUGGGCUAAUGAAGAGGACUUCUACCGUGGCAUGCUUGGUGGACAGGGUGGAACAGCCGGUAGUGGCGGGUAUGAUUAUAAGACGUAUGGUUACAGGUAA